UCUCACACACGCAUCAGUGGAGAGAGAGAGAGAGAGAGAGAUUGGGCUGCGACCAUCCACCAUACAUUACACUUCAUCAGAGCAGGGGUUAGUGCAAAAGAACAAACAAGGCACCAAGAUAGGGGAUCAAGGGGUCAUGGCUGGUUUUCUGGUCUGGUUUUGGAACGAAAGGUUUUGGCUUCCUCAUAAUGUGACCUGGGCCGACUUAAAAAACACUGAGGAGUCCACGUUCCCGCAGGCAGAGGAUCUGUAUGUGGCGUGUCCACUGGCCUUCUUCAUCUUCAUCAUCCGACUCGUGUUUGAAAGGUUCAUUGCAAGACCAUGUGCUCUGGGACUGAAAAUCCAAGCGAACGGGCCUCGGAAGGCUCAAACAAAUGCCAUUUUGGAGAAGGUCUUCACUGCUAUCACUAUGCAUCCUGAUGAGAAGAGGUUAGAGGGCUUGUCAAAGCAACUGGACUGGGACGUGAGGACAAUCCAGCGCUGGUUUCGACAGAGACGCAAUCAAGAGAAACCGAGCACUCUGACCCGCUUCUGUGAGAGCAUGUGGAGGUUCACCUUUUACCUGUACAUAUUUACCUAUGGGGUGCGGUAUCUUAAAAAGACUCCCUGGCUGUGGAACACUAGAGAAUGCUGGUAUAACUACCCAUAUCAGGCUCUAACAGUGGACCUGCACUAUUACUACAUUUUGGAGCUGUCUUUCUACCUAUCUCUACUCUUCUCUCAGUUCACAGAUAUCAGGAGGAAGGACUGUCUGCUCAUGUUCAUGCACCACGUUGCCACCGUCUCUCUGAUCAUGUUAUCUUACGUGAAUAACAUGGCUCGUGUGGGAACGCUCGUCCUGUGCCUCCACGACGCUUCCGACGUGCUGUUGGAGGCUGCCAAAAUGGCCAACUAUGCCAAGUAUCAGAGGCUUUGCAAUGUCCUGUUCAUCAUGUUUGCACUGGUGUUCAUUUGCUCCAGACUGGGCUUGUAUCCUGUGUGGAUUUUGAACACCACUCUGUUCGAGAGCUGGGAGAUCGUGGGGCCAUACCCAUCUUGGUGGGUGUUUAACGGGCUGCUGGUGCUGCUUCAGGGUUUACACAUUUUCUGGUCCUAUCUCAUAGUGAAAAUAGCCUGUAAAGCUAUCUCCAAAGGCAAGGUGGGAAAGUGGAAUCCUUUACAUGUGUCGAAGGAUGACCGCAGUGACAUCGAGUCAAGUUCUGACGAAGAAGGAGUGGCGCCAUCUGCUCACAAACACCACACUAACGGGACCAGUGGGUCUCAUGGCACUAAUGGUUUCCUGUCAUCUGCGUGUCAUGAUGAACACUAAGCGUCGAACGUCGUUUUUGCCCACUGCAGCCUGCUUGUUAGUCUGUACAGUGCUCAUGCGUGUCAAAACAGUGUCACUCAUCUGGUACUGGAAGAUCUUAAUGCAGAAUAAUGUGAAUGCAGUUGCAUUUCGAUAUGAUUCAGUACAACGAUUUUGUUCUGGUUCCUUGUACCUGUUUUACUUUUCUUAUCUCAGACCAUUUAUAGGCACUUGGUUGAAUAUUACAUCACUUCUCCUUCUUCUGUCUAUAGCUCACUCUUAUUUUAAAUGAAUGAAAGCAUCUCUCGUAUCAUGCUAGCAUGCUGCUGUGGUCAUGUAGUUUGGUGUCAGUGGGAGCGGCUGUUUUCUUGAGGUAACAUCUAUGUAUGUAUUUAUUUAUUUUUUAUAUCUAUAUAGAUUGCAAAAUUGUGGUUGAGACUUUAUUUUCUAUUCCUUAUAGUAAUUUACUGUCAGUGUUUUGAGAUGGCACACUAUUUAAGGUUCAGUCACCGUUUCAGGAUUCAGCAAGGCAACAGCUUUUACAUACAAGGUGUUUCGCUUGAAAUCAUUUCGCGCAAUCUCCAAUGAGGUAACUGCUGUCCGAUAUGCUCACCUAUAAAAUGGAUUAUACAAAUGAGUGACACCACUUGCUAUAUUUGCACUAGUGAACUGUAAAAAUGGGAAUUCUGUGACUGUGUUAUGUGUUUUGUUAGAAAUUUUCUAUUCCAUAUUGUUCUUCACCUUAAAUCGAGUAUGGGCCUGUACUUAAAACAGUAGGCAGCUUAUAAUAUGCUUUCUUUUUUUUUUUAAAUAACUUUUAAAUUGUGUUAAAGAAUUGUAAAACAACUUGGAAUGCAUUAUUUGAGUUUUAAGGAGCUGAAUUAUAUUGCCCUUUGUCCUUGAUUUAUAAUGUGAUUCUCCAUCUGGGUUUACAUGAACCAUGUAAUGUGUUAUACUGUAGGUAGUAGCUGCAGUUGCAUGACAGUUUCCACAGUAUUAAUAUCAAAUUCUAGGAAUCGGAAUAUAUUUAUCAUUAGGUGAGUUAUGAAAAAUCCCCUUUAUCUCUUAAAUUAUCCUAUAUUAACAAAAAAAAAAAAAAUCUAUGACGAUUACGUUGUAUAGUAAAUCAAGGUAAGACACCGGUACGUCAUCACACACCUUAACGCACGUCGCCGAAAGCCUGAACACCAUCCAUUGAUACUAUGUUUCUGCUUCUUCAGCUUUGAAUGAUAUCUUCUCAUUGUCCCAUUGUCCUGUUCUUAGUAUAAUGUUUAACACUUGUUCUUUACUGAGCUAAGUGGAUGACUCAUUAAAAUGCCUUUGAAAUCAGGGUAAA